AUGGGACUGUGUCAUGGAAAACCCGUUGAACCUCCGCAAAAUCUAUCUGAAAAUCCAGUAAUACCAGGUGAAAUCAAUGAACAUACUCUGAAUUCUUCAACUGGGAAAACACCAAAAUUCCCAUUUUACAGUCCAAGUCCCUUCAAAAACUCACCUGCAAUUCAUUCAACUCCUCUCCGCUUCCUUAAACGCCCAUUCCCACCACCAUCACCAGCUAAACAUAUUAAGGCAUUUCUUGCAAGGAGGCAUGGCUCGAUGAAGCCCAAUGAGGCCACUAUACCUGAAGGGAGUGAGUGUGAGAUUAUUGCUCUGGACAAGACUUUUGGGUUUUCUAAGAAUUUCAUCAGCCAUUGCGAGCUUGGGGAAGAAAUGGGAAAGGGUCAUUUUGGGUAUACUUGUGCAGCAAAGGGAAAGAAGGGAAGCUUGAAGGGGCAGGAUGUGGCUGUUAAAGUUAUUCCAAAAUCAAAGAUGAAUACAGCUAUUUCCAUUGAGGACGUUAGAAGAGAAGUGAAGAUAUUACGUGCGCUAACAGGACAUGAGAACUUGGUGCAAUUUUAUGAUGCAUAUGAGGAUGAAGACAAUGUAUAUGUUGUGAUGGAGUUAUGCAAAGGCGGGGAAUUGUUGGAUAGGAUACUCUCUAGGGGUGGCAAGUACUCAGAAGAAGAUGCUAAAAUUAUCAUGGUACAGAUUUUAAAUGUCGUGGCUUACUGUCAUUUCCAAGGUGUGGUUCACCGUGACCUAAAACCUGAGAAUUUUCUCUUCACUUCGAAAGACGAGUCUUCCCCUCUGAAGGCCAUUGACUUUGGACUCUCUGAUUAUGUAAAGCCAGAUGAAAGGCUUAAUGAUAUUGUUGGAAGUGCUUAUUAUGUGGCACCUGAAGUUUUGCAUAGAUCAUAUGGAACAGAAGCUGACAUGUGGAGUAUUGGUGUUAUUGCUUACAUUCUUCUUUGUGGAAGCAGACCCUUCUGGUCUCGGACAGAAUCUGGAAUCUUCCGAGCUGUCCUAAAAGCUGAUCCAAGCUUUGAUGAAGACCCAUGGCCUUCUUUGUCUUCUGAUGCUGUAGAUUUUGUAAAAAGAUUAUUGAACAAAGAUUAUCGUAAAAGGCUAACAGCAGUUCAGGCUCUCAGUCAUCCAUGGCUGGCCAGCCAUCAUGAUGUCAAGGUACCUGUGGAUAUGAUAACAUAUAAGCUCGUAAGAGCUUAUAUAUAUUCGUCCUCUCUGAGGAAAAGAGCUUUAGGGGCUCUUGCAAAAACAUUGGCAAUACCACAAUUAUCCUAUCUCCGAGAACAGUUCAGUUUAUUAGGGCCAAGCAAAAGUGGAUUUAUAUCCCUUCAUAACUUCAAAAUGGCUGUGGCAAAGAACUCGACAGAGGCAAUGAAGGAUUCACGUGUUCUUGAUUAUGUAAAUAUGGUGAGUUCUCUUCAAUACAGAAAAUUGGAUUUUGAAGAAUACUGUGCGGCAGCAGUAAGUGUGCAUCAACUGGAAGGAAUGGAAAGUUGGGAGCAACACGCGUGCCGUGCCUAUGAGUUUUUCGAGAAGGAUGGUAACCGGGCGAUUAUGAUAGAAGAACUUGCCUCAGAGCUUGGACUCAGUCCAUCUGUUCCCAUUCACGUAGUUCUUCAAGAUUGGAUAAGACACUCAGAUGGGAAGCUCAGCUUCGUGGGUGAUUUCUACUCGAGUUCUUUAUCACUAAACUUGGAAGGCAAGUAUAUCCAAUUUAAUAGGUGCUACUUUGACUGUGUGAUAUGCCGUAUCUGUUCAGCAUCGAUUUCCUUUUUUUCCGAAUGGCGUAGCGGAGUCUCCAUUCCAUGUAAAGAAAUUCGAAAUGUUUAUGUUGAGGGUUCUAGAUCAGAGGAUGAUGCAUGUGAUGGAUCAAAGAGUUCGCUGUCGCCGAAUAAACUUCUUUAUUCAUUGGAGUAUGCAGGAAAAGAUUUGAAGUUUGUGAGGAUGGCUGUGCCAUUGAGAGAUAUGGAGAAUGAAGAUUUGCUGGACUAUUUGGAUGUUUGUUUGGAUUUUAUUGAAGAAAGUAGGAAAGCAGGGUCUGUUUUGGUCCACUGCUUUGCUGGUGUAUCAAGGAGUGCGGCUAUCAUUACAGCAUACCUGAUGAGAAGUGAACAACUAUCACAAGAAGAUGCAAUUGAAUCCUUACGGCAAAGCUGCGAAUUUGUCUGCCCAAAUGAUGGUUUCCUGGAUCAGUUGAAAAUGUUUGAACAAAUGGGCUUCAAAAUUGAUCAUGCUAGCCCCAUAUACAAGCGCUUCCGCUUAAAAGUACUAGGUGAUUCAUACCACCGUGGGGAACAAAUUGAUAAUUCCAAAUUUGGUGCUGAUCCUGGCUUGCCAGCAGAGAAAGUUUCCUCUGAGGUUGAAACAUCACAUGAUAAAGAAGCAUCUAGUCCUACUCCUGUGUACCGUUGCAAGAAGUGCCGCAGAGUUGUUGCGUUGCAAGAAAAUGUUGUAGACCAUGUUCCGGGAGAAGGAGAGUCAUGCUUCGAGUGGCAUAAAAGGAGAAGUGGAAAUCUUUUUAACAAAGCUGAUGAUGAUGACUGUUCUUCUAUCUUUGUCGAACCUCUACGUUGGAUGACAACAGUCAAAGAAGGUGCACUCGAGGGCAAGCUGUUAUGUGCCCACUGUGAAGCUCGCUUAGGUUACUUCAACUGGUCUGGCAUUCAGUGCAGCUGUGGAAGCUGGAUUACUCCAGCCUUUCAGCUUCACAAAGGCCGAGUAGACAUCAGCACCAUAUAA